UGCACAUACAGCAGAAAUCUGUGGAAACUUCCUUAUCGGGAAGAACGUCUUCCAGACUGAUAUCAAGUCCAAACUUUCGUUUUCACUAGUUUUGGAAGCUCAAGGGUGCUUUCGAACCUUCUCAACAAUGAGUCUCAAGGUCUACUUAAGUAAUGCAACUGUCAGCAGUGAGAUUCGAAAGAAACAGCAGCAUGUGAAAGAUAUCUUGAGCUCAUUAAAAAUAGAUCAUGAAAUCGUUGACGUCCUUGACCCUCGCAAUGAUGAGGCAUUGAAGUUCAUGCACGCUCACAGCAAGCCCAAGAAAGCCAAUCAGAAGGCCCAGCCCCCUCAGAUCUUCAAUGGAGACGAUUACUGUGGGGAUUAUGAGAAGUUUCAAGAGUCACUUGAAUGGGACCAACUUUACGAAUUCCUGAAGCUUGAAAAUCCAGACAAAACCUCAAAGGCUCAAGUAGUGAUAACAGGGGAGGAAGAGGAAGAAGGCAAGGAGAAGGAAGAUCAGCCUGAAAAGGAGGAAGGAAAGGAUGAGCCAGACAAGGCUGCAGAAGAAGAGGAAGAGGGUAAAGGAGAAGGUGAGGAGAAAGAGAAAAAGAAGGAUAAGGAGGAAGAGAAAAAGAAGGACGAGGAAAAAGAAGAGGGGAAAAAGGAUGACCCGGCUGCUGCUUUUAAAAACAGGUUCAAGAAAGCCUAUGAUGAUGACGAGGAAGAGGGGCUUGAUCUGAGCGCUUUUGAGGAGAAAGAAGAGGAGAAGAAAGAAGAGGAAAAAGAGGAGGAAAAGAAAGAGGAUCCUGCUGCCGCGUUUAAGAACCGUUUCAAGAAAGCUUAUGAUGAUGAUGAGGAAGAGGGCUUUGAUUUAAGUGAGAUUGAGGAAAAGAAGGAAGAAGAAAAGAAAGAGGAAGAAAAAGAGGAAAAGAAAGAUGAUCCUGCUGCAGCAUUCAAAAAUCGUUUUAAGAAAGCUUAUGAUGAUGAUGAAGAAGAGGGUCUUGAUUUAAGUGCAUUUGAAGAAAAAGAAGAGGAAAAGAAAGAAGAAGAGAAGGAAGAAAAGAAGGAAGAGGAAAAGAAAGAUGAUCCUGCUUCAGCAUUCAAAAAUCGUUUUAAGAAAGCGUACGAUGAUGAAGAAGAGGGUCUUGAUUUAAGUGCUUUUGAAGAAAAAGAAGAGGAGAAAAAAGAAGACAAGGAGGAAGAGAAAGAGGAGGAAAAGACAGAAGAGAAAGAAGAAAAGAAAGAAGAGAAAGAGGAAAAGAAAGAAGUGAAAGAGGAAAAGAAGGAUGAUCUAGCUGGUGCAUUUAAGAAUCGAUUUAAGAAAGCAUAUGAUGAGGAGGAAGAAGGUUUGGAUUUAAGUGAGUUUGAAGAAAAAGAUGACAAGAAGGAAGGUGAUGAAAAGGAGGCAGAGGACAAAGGUGAGGAGAAAGAGGAUAAGAAAGAAGCGGCUGAUGCUGAUAAGGAAAAUGAAGAGGAGACGUCGAAGGAUGAGGAAAAGGUUGCUGAUAGUAAGAAAGAAGAGGAGAAAGAUGAGCCCAAAAAAGAUGACCCUGCUUCUGCUUUCAAAAGCCGUUUCAAGAAGCCCUAUGAUGACGAUGAAGAAGAAUUGGACCUUGGGGAGAGCAAGGAGGAAGCAAAAGAUGACGAACCAAAGGAGUCAGAGGAGGACAAGAAAGCGGAGGUGAAAGAUGAGGCUAAAGAGGAGCCCAAAGAGGAGAAAGAAGAAGAAAAACCAAAAGAGGAAGAGAAACCAAAAGAAGAAGAGACACCAAAAGAGGAAGAGAAACCAAAAGAAGAGGAGGAGGAAGAAAAACCAAAAGAGAAAGAGGCACCAAAAGAGGAAGAGAAACCAAAAGAAGAAGAGACACCAAAAGAGGAAGAGAAACCAAAAGAAGAAAAAGAGGAAGAAAAACCAAAAGAAGAAAAAGAGGAAGAAAAACCAAAAGAAGAAAAGGAGGAAGAAAAACCAAAAGAAGAAAAGGAGGAAGACAAACCAAAGGCUGAAGAAGAAGAUGCAGCAUCGAGUUUUACGAGAUUUCGAAGGAGGAAUCAGGACGAGGAGGAGACCCCUCUGUUUGAUGAUGACGCGACACCCAAGAAGAAAAGCGAAGAAAAGAAGGAAGAAGAAGAAGAGAAACCCGCGGCCGCUCCCGCAGCAGAAGAGCCAGAGGAAGACGAGAGAGAGGCGAGACGUCGCAGACGCCGGGAGGAGAGGGAGAGAGAGGCCGCGAAGGAAAGCACGGAGACGGACGACAGAGAGGAGAGGAGGAGGAGGCGGAGAGAGGAGCGAGAGGCUGCGGCAGCCAGCACGACUGACGACAGCGAGGACCGGGCAGCAAGGAGAGCUCGCCGCCGUAGAGGAGGGGAUGAGUAGAGAGGGAGCCACCUCCCACGAGGUAACGGAUUGGCGUGUGCGGCAUGGGCAGAUGACUGCGCGGCUUUUUGCAGUGGUUUCCCCCCCGCCCCCCCUGGCAUGGUGGUGCAUUUCUCAUCCUUCAUUAUAAUAAGUUCCUUUAUGAUUUGCAGCCUUUUGUAACAUCAUGGAUUGUUUUGUUUUGGUUUGAUUCGAUUGUUUUUUUUCCCAUUAACCAGACUUUUUUCUUAUUUCCAGGAUAGAUCGAGAAUUUCUUGAGUUUGUCAUGACAGCGCAUACGUUUUCAUUUAUGUUUUUUUAUAUUUUUAUAGAGUGUUCAUUUCAUCAUGUUUGGUUUUUCAACUUUUUUGUUUCGUUUGCCGAACUGACAACAGUUUUGUUUAUGUUAUUUUUUUUUUUAACCCUGUAUGAAGGAAUGAAUGGCCAGUUGAGAAAUGAAUGCACUUACUAAUGUUGAUCAAGCAGACUUGCAUGAGAUUUUGCCAGUGGCUUUCAACAAGAUGCUGGGCCACCACUUGACAGAUGUUAAUAUUGAUAUAUAAUAUUAUAUCGAUGCCAUCACCAGCACCACUACUUUACUCGUCUUGUGUCCUUUCAUUUCCCGUCUCUUCAAAGUAACCAGAGUGUACUUAUUAUGGUGUUUAAUACUAUUCUAUCAUUUUUUUUAGUAUGUACGUGUCAUCUUUUAGAAUGAUGUGGUGUAUUUAUUUGUCAUGUAUUGCUGGGGUUUUUGGGUUGAUUUUUUGGGAAUUUUUUUUUUAGUUGGGGGGGGGGGGGGGGGUAAGGAAUGGGGGAUUUUGCCAGCAUCUAGUUUCCUUAAUUUUUGUAAGGUGAUCAUUAAAUCAUUUACGUAUAUUACCAGCAGCUAUAAACCAUCAUCGUAGAAGAUUGUUCAGAGUUUAUGAAAAUUAGAUGCUUGCGAAACGCUGGGUUCCUGUUUGCAAAAACCGUUACACUUGUGUAAAGAAAUUGUGUUACUACCGUAUGUCAUCUUUUACAGCCAGGUUCGUUGAGUCAGCCAGAAUAAUAAUGUCACUUGUUUGCCUGCCUGCCUGAUUGGCAAUGACUUGCGCCCGGUUAGGCAAAAACCUGCCAAUGUAAUGUAGAGUUUGCACGUGGGUGGUUGGCGGGUGGUGUUUAGUGUGGUUUGCUACUUCUUUCCUAUCAAACAUCUAUCGCCCUAAU